AUGACUUCUUUGGAAUCGCGUAUCGCGCUACAAGAAACGCGUUUUAAUCUCAUAAAAAAUGCGCUAGACCCUAUCAAGAAUAUCGACGUUUCAAAUUUAACAAAAUCAAGAGUUCAAACGAGACUUGAAGUGUUGGAGUCGAAUUGGACAAAGUUUGACAAAGAUCAUGAACGGAUUUGUGAGACUAGAACGGACACUAUCAAAGAUUUGCCGUAUAUGAAAAAUUCUGUCUAUGCUUUCACUCAGGAAGCAUAUAUGGAAAGAAAAGCGACCCUGCUUGAGCUUCUAUCUCAAAUUAUUGUAGUUAAUCCAUUGGACGGAGCUACUUUAGCUGACACUUCUGGUGUUGGCUCAUCAUCAGCGCCUCGUACGAUACUUCCAAAAAUUCAACUUCCUAAAUUCGCAGGCGAUUAUCAAUCUUGGAGGCCUUUUAGUGACAUGUUCACAUCAUUAGUGGGUGCAGAUUCUGAACUUACAAAUGUCAUGAAAAUGCAUUAUCUCAAAAGUAGUGUCACUGGAGAAGCUGCCAACCUCAUUUCAAAUUUUCAAAUUACUGGUGAGAAUUUCAUUCCAGCAUGA